AAUCUCAGAACCAUGAUUGCGCCACUGACCGACUGAAGAGUGCAUCUGAUGAGCGAACUCAUAGCUGGGAUACAGGUGGUGAAGAUGUACGCCUGGGAGAAACCAUUCAGCCAGAUUGUGUCAGUAAUCAGAAAGUUGGAGAUCAAGCAAAUCAAAUUCUCGUCGUAUGUGCGCGCCGCAUAUUUGGCCAUCAUAGUAUUCACUGAACGAUUGACCGUCUAUUUCACCCUGAUAACGUUCGUCUUAAUGGGAAAUAAUUUGACUGCCGAUGUGACCUAUGAAAUGUCGACAUACUUUAACAUACUUCAACUAGUCGUCGCGUCGUAUUUUCCGCAAGGGCUAAUACUGCUGGGUGAAUCAAUAGUGUCAUUCAAUCGAUUAGAGGAUUUUUUGCUGAUGGACGAAGUGAACACGAGACGCUUCUCAGAGAACACGCCGCAGUUGCAGUUUAAAUUUCAGAAAUCAAAGGAAGAAUCUAAUGCAGAGAAUCAAAUAGACAGCUACAUCUCAAGAAAUGGGAGUAUCGUUCUGUCCGAACAUCAAAGAUUAUCUGACCUUCCGAUAUACUUGCAGUUUAAAUCUCAAAAACCAAAGGAAGCAACUAAUGCAGAUAAUCAAAUAGACAGAUAUAUUUCGAGAAAUGAAAGUAUCGUUCUGUCCGAACAUCAAAGAUUAUCUAACCUUCCGGUAUACGUAAAACUUCAGCGGGUUUCCGCCAGUGACCAAUUGCCGCCGAUUUUGUGCAACAUCAAUUUAACUAUCAAGCCAGGUCAAUUGUGUGCUGUAGUCGGUGCAGUAGGCUCUGGCAAAUCGUCUAUAUUACAUCUACUAUUGAAGGAAUUAAAUCCCGGCACAGGUUCCAUAAUCUUUACUCAGGGCUCCUCGAAGUAUAAUUUUUCGGACAAUUUAUCCACUGGAUACUUCACGAAUAAUCCGAAUUUGCGUAUCUCCUAUGCCAGUCAAGAACCUUGGCUUUUCGGUGGUACUGUAAGGGACAAUGUAUUGUUUGGCCAGUCCUACGACAAGGCUAGAUAUAUGCAGCACUCGGACAUUGAUGAUUCGGAUUAUGUGGAGAACAUCCCGGAAGCUGAGAUGACGGCGCACGGUCGAGUAGCCGGCAGAGUGUACAAAGAAUAUCUGCAUAACGGUGAUAAUAAUUUCAUCCUAUUUGUACUGCUGAUGAUCUUCAUUAUCAGUCAAGUCGCCACUACCGGGAAUGAUUAUUGGCUAUCAUACUGGACUACUUUGGAGAAUGUGAGACGUAUUGAAAAUACUCGUGAUGUCAAACAAUUUGAACAUGUACAACGAUAG